AUGUCAGAACUAUCGCAGGCCGACGCCCCAUGCUCUGAUGAACCCGUGUUUUUCUGGAAACAAGGCGAAAGCAAUGGCUACCUCUGCCAAUGGUACGCCUCACCCUUCACCGUCUCAGACACCACGUAUGCGACAUGCGAAAUGUACAUGAUGAUUCAAAAAGCGCUGCUGUUCAACGACGACGAGACGGUACAAAAAAUGGUCCGAACAACCGAUGCACGCAAACACAAGGGACUAGGGCGCAAGGUGCAAGGCUUUGAUCAGGCUGUCUGGGAUAAGCAUAAAUUCGACGUCGUUGUGCAGGCAUCAUAUUACAAGUUUACUAUUGGCCGACAUGCAGAGCGCCUGCGGGGUAUGCUGCUUGCAACUGGCGAACGCGAGCUGAUCGAGGCGAGUCCGUUUGACCGUGUGUGGGGCAUCGGAUUCAAGCAGGCAGAUGCCAUGCUGAAUCGCGAGUUUUGGGGCGAGAACCUACUGGGGAAGGCGCUAAUGGAAGUGAGGAAGCGGUUGAGGGACGAGGAGAAGGAAAAGGAGGAGCAGGCGAGGCUGGAGCGCGAGCAGUGGGAGCAGGAUUUGUUGGGUAGAGUGAGCUUACCGGCAAAUAGGAGGAGGGAUCAAGAGCGAGAGGCGAGCAGGUGA